UUGACCUUAACCCAUCAUUUGUCUUCCAACGAUAAAUCGUCUUGAAUGUGAGCAAUACUCAGUCGUUCGAAAUGAGAGUAGCUGUAAUUACGGUCGUUUGUGUUUGUUUCGUAUACGCCCAGGAUGUUGGACACGUAUUCCUUGGUAGUGAACGGGAUAUGGCAAAUAGACAUAAAAUGGCUAUGGAAUGCAUUGAUGAAGUAGGAAUUGACAAAAGAAUUAUAGAAGUUGUGUUAAAAACAACAAUUUUUCCCAAAAAUGACAGGAAGUAUAGAGAGUUCUUAGCAUGCAGUUACAAGAAGCAGGGCUAUCAAACGGCACAGGGCCACAUUAUGAUAAAUAAAAUUAAAGAAUUCACAAGUAGCGUUUAUGAAGACAAAAAGGACCUCAGUGAAUUGGAUAAGUGCGCCGGUAUGAAUGGCACAACUCACGGUGAUGUCGCUUAUAACACGAUGGUGUGCGUAAUGAAUAAGCUCAAGACUUUGGAUUAGAAAUUUACACAAUAUUAAUUUAUAUCUUAAAAUGUUUUUAAUACAAAUAAGAUUUAGAAGUAGCAAAAUUGGAAGGAUAAUGCAACAUGUUCAUAAACUCUUAAUCCCUAAUCGGAAUUCCACAGUAUUAAGAAUAAUUUAUAUUAAAUAAGUAGAACUCAUUAACGCCGUUAACUGUGAAAUAACUGAUUACUCGUUUAAGAUCGUUUACACACAUUGUCCUUUUCUUUAACGUUCGCUUAUCUACUUAAAUUUCUCAGUAGUGUAAGUGCAACUAAAAUCGAUUUAAAAUGUAAGUUUACUUAUCUGUAAUGAAAUCAUUGUUCUACUUGUUCCAAGUGAAAGCGCUAAGAGUUUUCCUUCGGUUAAUUAUAAACGUCAAAGUAUCCUUUCAAAGGAAAGCAGAAACACCUAACAGACCUUAGAGUGUCUGAAGAAAUGUUUCCUCUGUGACUUAUUCACUCAUUACCCUCACUUUAACACACGUAAUAAACUCUUCGUUAUUUUUUAAUAAAAA